AUGGUUGAUACAAGACGUACGAAGAGUAACGCCACCACGACGGGCCCAUCUCAUGGUUUCGUGGUGGAAACCUCAAUGCAACAACACGGAAUCAUGGCUGCCAACGCCUUGCAGCCGUCUUCUAGUGCUUUGCAGCUGCCUUCAGCUGCUGGAAUUGCAGAACAGCCACCACAUGACCUUGGGACCUCUAUAGCCUUGCAGUCGCCAGCGCCGAUUACCGGAGCUACUCUGCCUCGCUGUCCUGCCGUUGGAGCACAGUAA